AUGGAUUCCUCGAAGGCUCCCGUCAAGCUCGUCAAGGUUACCCGAGUCCUCGGCCGUACCGGCUCUCGUGGUGGCGUCACCCAGGUCCGCGUCGAGUUCAUGGACGAUACCACUCGUUCCAUCAUCAGGAACGUCAAGGGCCCUGUCCGCGAGGACGACAUCCUGGUUCUUCUUGAGUCCGAGCGCGAGGCCCGCCGCCUU